CAAAACCCAACUAAUAAAAAAAAGUUGAAGCAAACAAUUGAAAAGGGGGAGUUGAAGGAGGAGGUAGAGGAAGAGUAAUUAUAGGCACAUGAGAAAAAGCAAAACAAAAAAUAACCAGAAGAAGAAUCCCUCUGUAGAACUGUUCUUUCUUUUUCUCUCCUCACUGUGCUGUUUUCCUCUCUCACAGAGUCACAGUCUGAGAACAAAGGGGGAAAAGGUUUUUAGGUUGCACAUCCAACAAGGAACCAUAAAAAAAAAAGAAGGGAAAGAAAGUAAAACCCAAUUCAGAAAUCAGGCCAAAGACUUUUUCUUCUUCAUUUCUCAUUGUUGGUUGAGGGGGCCUUGCUGCAUUUCUCCUUCUUCUCUUCCCCUUCUCUCUACUCACAUCCCAUGAGCCAUGAAGCAGAAUGAUUAAGUGAAACCAGACAACAAAGUUUGUUUCUUUUUCACCCUCAUUGCCCAUCAUUCCUCCUCCACCCAACUUUCCCUUAUCUUCCCCCCUUCCUUUGUUUCUUGCCCUUUUUUUUUGUUUGGCUGGUGGGCAAUGCGGUGGAAUGACUGGAACAGUAUUUGUCUUAGAUGAAAAUGAGGGGAAGGAAAAGAAAGGGAAGUGAGUGAGUGAGAAGAAAAAACCCCCACCCAGAGCUGGUUCCUUCUUUCCCCAAGUAGAGAGAUUUCUUCAUUUCCCCAUUCUGCAUUUUAGAGCAAAAGAUGAGGAAGAAUGGUUGGCAACUUCCAUAUCACCCACUUCAGGUGGUGGCUGUUGCUGUGUUUCUGGCUCUGGGUUUUGCGUUCUAUGUGUUCUUCGCUCCUUUUGUUGGGAGGAAGAUGUUUCAAUACAUUGCAAUGGGAAUCUACACCCCCUUGAUCAUGUGUGUCUUCGGCCUAUAUAUUUGGUGCGCAGCAUCUGAUCCUGCAGAUCCUGGAGUUUUUAGAUCCAAAAAAUAUCUUAAAAUUCCAGAGAAUGAGAAACAUCCUCAGCAUAAAGCCUUCAAACAAGGUACGGAAUCAGCUUCAUCAAUGCACGAUGGGAAUUCAUCUGCCAUUGGAGGGAAGUCAGUGGAGAAGGGUGUGGUGGAGGGUGCAAAUGCAGCUGCAGCUGCAACGGACUCAAAGAACGAGACUGAGGCAAAGUCCUCUUGUUUGUUGUUAGCUCUUGCUCCUUGUGCUUUCGUCUGUGGAAGGUGCAGCCCAAGUGAUGAACACUCUGAGCAGUUGAGUGAAGAUGGCAUGUUUUACUGCAGUUUGUGUGAAGUUGAGGUUUUCAAGUACAGCAAGCAUUGUAGAGUUUGCGAUAAAUGUGUUGACCAGUUUGACCAUCACUGCAGGUGGAUUAACAAUUGUAUAGGGAAGAAGAACUACAGGAAGUUCUUCACGCUCAUGGUCUCUGCUCUCCUCUUGCUUAUAUUCCAAUGGGCAACUGGGAUUCUUGUACUUAUUUGCUGUUUCGUCGAGAGGAAGCGAUUUGUCUUGGAUAUCUCCUCCAAGUUAGGAAGCAGUUUUUCUAUGGUGCCUUUUGUAAUUGUAGUGGCAUUGUGCACCAUUUUGGCCAUGCUUGCAACUCUGCCCCUGGCCCAACUGUUCUUCUUCCAUAUCUUGCUCAUAAAAAAGGGAAUCAGCACUUAUGAUUACAUAAUAGCUCUGAGAGAGCAGGACCAAGAGCAGCAAGGAGUUGGAGGUCAGCAGAGUCCUCAAAUGUCGCAAGUCAGCUCGCUUACUGGACUUAGUAGUGCCAGUUCCUUCUCGACAUUCCACCGUGGUGCCUGGUGUACGCCACCUCGUCUGUUUCUUGAAGACCAGUUUGAUGUUGUUCCACCGGACACUGGAUCCGUGAGUUCCUAUGGUAAAAAGACGAUCAGACAAGACCAGAUGAAGAAAAAGAACCCAGCUGCUGUAAAGAUCAGUCCUUGGGCAUUGGCUAGACUGAAUGCUGAUGAGGUCUCAAAAGCUGCUGCUGAGGCCAGAAAGAAGUCCAAAAUCCUUCAACCUGUGAUGAGACAGGAACCAUCAUUCUCACUAGAGAGAGAUAACAGCUUUGGUAGCAGUGGGCGCCGCAUGGUCCCAAGACCUGACAACAAUAGAAGACGAGUUAGCAAAAGGGUCAGACUUCCAGCUGAUUUGCCAAUGGAGCAGCCUGUAACUGCUGCUGGGGUCUCAGCAGGGAAAGUUUUCACAGAAACUUCUUCCUCAAGUUUGGCCCCACUUCAGCUCGAGGCUAGGAGCGCUUUCCAGCCAAGUAGAGGUUCAACAAUGGUGAGCUCAGUCGGAGGAGUUGUUGUUGCAUCAUCUCCUGAAAGCAGCAGCCUAGACUCGCCAGAUGUUCACCCAUUUCGAGUUUCUUCAUCGGGUGCUGAAGAUUCAAGGAGGCUCACUGGUCUCCCUCCAAUUGUGGGUGGUUCUAACAGCGGAUUCCCACUCUCGAGAUCUACAAGUGAUGGGUAUGAAGCUUCUGGCGGUGAAGAUAGUGAUAGGGUUCCUACCAGGAUUGUGCAGAGAUCGACCAACUGGAGCAAUCUUCUCUUCCGAGCGAAUCAGGAUGAAGGGAUUAUGAGACUGAAAGCAGCAGCACCAUCGUCGAGCCAAACUUAUAGUGGAAAGCUUUAAGCUAACGUUUUUGUUUGCCGGUCUUCUGCUUCGUUUUGGUUUUCUCCCCCAAGUGGUAAAACAAUUCUUUCAUUCUUGGGCCAAAGGGAUAUCUGGGUAGUUGGCCAAUUCACUUAGCUUAUUAAUAUCUGUUAGUUUUGGCUUCUGAAUUCUGGAUUCAGAAGGCGGGUGGUGGUUCAAGGUGGAAGAAACAAAUGCCAAUUGAGCUCAUUCUGUAAAAAAACCUUUUGCUCUCCCUGAGAUCUACUGCAUUUUGCAAGAACAGCUUUCCCUAACUGGGAACUGGAGAGAUUUGGCGUAGUGUUCAUAAAGUUCAACUGUGUCUCAUGAAUGGCUUCCUCAACAAAAGAAAAUAUGACCCAGAACUUCAUUGAUAGUAUUCAAAUGAAAUUGAUAUGGAUUU